AUGGCAAUAUUACCUGGAGUUCCGUACGUCAGAGUGAGUGUUACCACUCCUAAAAAUGCGGUAGAAUACCCUGAUCCCGACGACGGUCAGGAUGGAGACGUGCAAGAUGGCUCUCGAAAAAAUAUGUCUGUUUAUUUCGAAUCCAAGACGGGUACAAAUUUUGGCUUCCGUUACGAUGUCGAUAAUAAGAAGAUGCCGUGGGGCAAAAAGAAGAAAAAGUAUUGCUUAGGAUUUUUUGCAACAAUUGACGGACGCAAGACUAGCUCAACUGUCAUCUGCAAUGAGGACGGAUUUAAACCAAACAUGUGGGAGCACAAUUUGAACGGAGAACGUCUCAGACAACCAGGCAGUACUAAGUUUAGACCGUUUCAGUUUGCCGAAAUCCAAAUAGGAGAUGAUGCCUUAUUCGCAGACCCAAAGCAAGUCUCACAGCUUGGAGAACUCGUAGUACAGGUUUGGCGAGUCCGUAAAAGUAAACCGGUGCCAACGCCAGUCACUCAACAAGAACAUGGGAUUGUGCCGGCGAAUACGAAGUUCCGCGAACAGCAGUUAAAAGGCAGAGCUGUAUCUCAUGCAACGGAGCUCGGAAAACCACAAGUGUCAUCGGAUAUGGAGACGUUCUACAAGCUGGAAUAUGUCGAUCCAAUUCAAAAACCACUGGCCGAGUUCCAUUUCAAAUAUAGAUCAAGGGAGAUUUUGCAGCAGAUGAUGAUAUUGCCUCGGGACCCGAAACUUCCUCUAAACUUCGACCUAGCUCCUUUUGUUGCAAAACCUGUACCCAGAGUUCCGAUGCUACCCCCUCUGAUCGAGAAACCCCCCGCUACCGCGAAAUCUGCUGUGGAAAACAUCGAAGCAUUGACCGCUCAAAAGCGUAAGGCUGCUACAGAAAUGGCUACACCAACCCAAACAACCACAAAUUCGGCAAUUACUGGCAGAUCGUUCGAUCAGGUAACUAAUAACGCCUUCUCUUCAAGUUCAGCACCACCACAAGCAUUCUGUCAAAUAGCUCCCAAAGCUGUGAAGGAGCAUUCCACUACAAAUACGGGUCCAGCGAAACCAAUUGAAGCCCCAGAAGAGAUCACAUACCCAACGACUCCUGCAUUCGGAUCUAUUCCACAAGUAGGAUCCGGCUUCUCCUCAAAAGCUGGACCUGCAUUGCCAGUAGAGACACCGGCAAAGGCCAUCUUUAGGCCUGAUGUGAGGUCCCUCGCGUCGGCUGAUUUAAGGGCAGCCUCGGGAGAGCCCCUAGUCAUACCUUCCACGCCUCUCCUACGAGUAGCCUCGGAGCCUGCUAAUACACCGUUUACAAGGGUUCUGAUAGAAAUCAACAAAAACCUGAGUCGUUUGAGAGAUAUAGCCAAGGGUCGUAGUUUUGUUAACGUCGUUGAGGUUCGAGACGAGCUCUUACAAGUAGAGGAUGAAAUUCCCGAAGAGGUAGAAAUACAGGUCAAGCCUGAGCAAUACAGACCCGAGGAGAACUUGAAGCGCGAGCGUGUUAUUGAGCAGGAUGAAGAUGAUAUUGAAAUCGUGCUCGAACGUCCAGUAAAGAGACGCCAUAUCUUUUCUGAGGAGGAUGAGAUUAUUGAUUUGACUGCCGAUUGA